CUACAAUUAUGCCAGCCAGCCAGGUAUGAAAAAUGGAGAAGCGACAAUUGCUGUCUUUCUUCUGACAAUGCAUUUAUGGAAAGAGAGAAAAAGAGAGCAGAUUCUCCUGAAAGAAAGAUGCAGAGAAGUAUUUUAUAUAUAUAUAAAAAUCUCAUAAACCUACUUUAACAAUGACGCCUCCGUUGCAAAUAUGUCUUCAAUGAUACAAAGUGGUCCCCCUCCUCCAUGAAUUAUGCCAUUUCAAGACAGUAGCUGUAAUUCCAGAGUUAUCAUCCCUGCUGGGCUACAACACUGUUUUAUUGUCAGAUUGUAUUAUCAUACAAUGCAUAAAUACCGCAAGCCUGAAGCCAAAAAUGUGGCUGUUAUUACAAAACCAUAUAGAAACUUCAACCUCUCUCAUCUGUAGUCAUGUCCAUCUCUCCUCUUUGCUUUUUCCAAUUUUCCUUCGUGGCAGUAGCUUAAUGGUAGAGCAUCUGCUUCGCAUGCAGAAAGUCCCGGGUGAAAUCUCCAGCAUCCCCUUUAAGGCUUGGAGACACUCCUGUCUGAAACCUUGGACAGCCGCCAUGGUUAGUGUACACUGGGGUGGCCAACUCCCAAGAGACUGCAAUCUACUCACAGAAUUAAAAACUGGCAGUGAUCUACCCCCUUUUAGGGGGUUCAGGUCAAAGUUGUUGAGCUUUUUUGGGGAGAGGAAAGCCCCAGUUUUCGGGGGUUGAAGCCUAAGCUCUAGGGAGAAAGGGAAACAGCCACUCACCAACAGAUCACUGGGGAAACAAACAGCCUCACUGAGUAAACUCCAUCUUCUAUUCUGCAGAUCGUGCAACAAUGGAGAUUGGGGCAAGGGGGCGGGGCAGGAUUCUAUUUCACCAACCCGGGACCACAUAACACCAGUCCUGAGAGAUCUGCAUUGGCUCCCAGUACGUUUCCGAGCACAAUUCAAAGUGUUGGUGCUGACCUUUAAAGCUCUAAACGGCCUUGGCCCAGUAUACCUGAAGAAGCGUCUCCACCCCCAUUGUUCAGCCUGAGAUCCACUGAGAUCCAGCGCCGAGGGCCUUCUGGCGGUUCCCUCUUUGCGAGAAGUGAGGUUACAGGGAACCAGACAGAUGGCCUUCUCGGUAGUGGCGCCCGCCCUGUGGAAUGCCCUCCCUUCAGAUGUGAAGGAAAUAGGCAGCUAUCUUCUCUUUAAAGGACAUCUGAAGGCAGCCCUGUUUAGGGAAGUCUUUAAUAUUUAAUGCUGUAUUGUUUUUAACACUUGAUUGGAAGCCGCCCAGAGUGGCUGGGGAAACUCAGCCAGAUGGGCGGGGUAUAAAUAAUAAAUUAUUAUUAUUACUACUACUAAGAAAAGGGACCCAGCGAUCAACCAUGAUCUACCAAAACCUUCCAGGGAUCUACCAGUAGAUCGUGAUCGACCUGUUGGACAUCCCUGGUGUAGACAAUACUGAAUGGGCUGGCUUCCUAUGUUCCAACUCCUUUCCCCUCAUUUGUGGAGCCUCCCUCUCUCUUCCACCUCUUUUUUUUUUUUCCUUUUUAGCUAUUCCUGCUUCCCUUGACCUGCAGCCUGGUCUGGCCUCUGCUUUCAUCUUUUGGAGGUCCAUGCUCCUUCUGUCCCUCCCUAGAUAAUGCAUUAUUGGUGUUAGGCUGAGGAAGGCUGCUUUACUUAUGCAUAAGGUUUCCAAUAGAGGGGUGGGAACACUGGUUGGCCAAGGGUCCCUUCCCCAUGUAAGAAGCCCAGUGCAUGAAUAAGACAAGCCCCCAUUAGACUAAUAAUGAUUACAUUAACUUGGUGUCAUCGGAGCCAACUUCUAGGGACCCCGUAACAAAAUAUUUGAAUGGGGCAGAUAUCUCUAGAGUUGAUGGGCAUUGCAGGGGGAUGUAUUAAUUGAGAGGUCUAAGUAAGUAUACUUACACAGUAUGUUAUAUUUUAGUCCAGGGUGUCCCAGAAUUCGGCCUCCAGUUGUUUAUGGACCACAAUUCCCACCAUCCCUGACCACUGGUCCUGCUAGCUAGGGAUGAUGGGAGUUGUAGUCUAAAAACUGCUGGAGUCCGAAGUUUUGGAAACCCUGUUCUAAUCCCUCCCCACUAUCUAAGAGUACCUGUAAACCAUUGGUAUUUUGUGGGAGGGAUUUACAUGCAUCCUCGGAAAUUUAAGUUUGCACAAUUAGAGCAACUUGGGAUAGUUCAGUUGGUUCUUAAUCUCAGGGUUCAAGCCCCAUGUUGGGUGAAAAAUUCCUGCAUUGCAGGGGGUUGGACUAGAUGACCCUUGUGGUCCCUUAGAACUCUACAAUUCUAUGAAUCUAAAAUGCUGGACUAUGAUGAUGAUGAUGGAUUAAAGUACUUGGUCAUCCUAAUGCAACAAAUCCAGUUUUAAAAAGAAGCAGACUUUUUAUGGUUAGGAAAAUUACUGAAAAGUGUGGCAUGAACCCAUCAAGAUGAAUGCAGGACCAACCCUCCUUGUUGUAUAACUUCCCUGAAACCAAAUCACUAUGAGUGCCCACUAAAGACUGAAUUUGAUCUAAUCCCCCUGCAAGCAAAUCAGGAUUAAUGUGCAAUAAAUAGGUAAUUGGAAGGAACCUUAAAAGUUUUGCAAAAGCUGGGACUAAUGCCAUGCUUUGGAAGAAGGUAGAGAGAGUUGCAGGCUUGCAUCCUCAAAAACAUUUGGGACCUCACUACAGAGAUAAUUUAACUGGCCUGUACCUCCAAUUCUGUUUUCAUAUCAUACAAGAGGUGCUCUGAUAAAGAAGAAGGUGGGAGACUAAUUUAUUCACACAAAAUUUAAAAUCUUUUCUGUAAUAUUUUUCCAUAAUCCAAUAGAUGAAAAGGAUUUGCACAUCAUAAGACUCGCCUGCAUAAUAUGCCAUGUGAACAAUAAAUAUGGCAGCCGUCAACAAAUGUUUAUAAAGAACGAAACAAGAUGUGCCCAAUUUUUGGUCCACCAAAGUUUACAGCAUUCUUUUAAGUGUGGCUCCAAAGUACUAUUUUGGGAAAGAAUAAGACAAAGCAUAUGUUUAAGAAUGCUGUGUUUUGAAAAGCUGGCAUCCCAUACAAAUGGUUUGACAUUUUUUUCUAUAGAUAGCUUUCCUCCACAUGGUGGUGAUGAGUGGCUGUAGACCUCACUAAAUUAGCAAUUAUGGGUUCCAAAAUGAGUCUCUUCAGAACUUCAUAGGCAGUGAUUAAAAAAAGAAGAAAACUUGCUGCCAUGCAGGUUCAACUGAGCAUUCCUCACCCCACCACAGAAACAAAUUUCACCCAUUUAUAUUGAGAUUUAUUUAUUUAUUAACCCACCCACCCCUACAGUGGUCAUUUUAAUCUGACAAUGAAACAUGCAGCUGUACUUCAAAAAAAAUAAUCUCCAAACAAGCAGCUUUCAGCCAGACAAGCAAAUAUAAUUUCAGAAUCAUAUCUCUGUCCUAGAAAACUCUGAGUAGAAUAAUCUUGAAGAGUUUUGUUCAGAUGAGAUUAGAAUAAUUCCACCAUCCCCAGAACCUGAAGCCAUUUUUAUAAACCGGCUCUGCACUUCGCAGAUGUGAUAUGCUUAAUUAAGAAAUCGUAGGCAGGCAAAACUGAUAAGGAGGUUAGUUCCAACAUUGCUCUUGGUGUUAUAUAAAGCUGAUGCUGGUCAAUCAUAAGUGUUUCACUCAGCCAAUAUGUUAGUUUUUGCAAGAGAAAAUCUAAACAGGUUGGAUCUAGUCUAAAUGAGCAUGCUUUGGUCCGAUUGAAAUCAAUGAGACUUAAUGCAAUUGUAAUCCUAAUGACUUCUUAAUAUGCUGGAAUUGGUUUAUUUACAGGAAUAAACUUAUUCUUUAUUCACAGGAAGCAGGGGAGGAGACCGCACUGCUG